AUGUCUCGCCAUGCUGUGGAUGAUGGUUGUAACGAUAACGUUGUAUCCAAAAGUGCCAAUGCUUUUGUAAAUAUGUGUGCUGCAACAUCCACACCAAAUGCCAUAUCCCUAGCAGAAAUUGAGGAGGCUACGAAAAGCGAUCACACACUGCAAUGCGUCUUUAACUUUUUAUCAACUGGCAAAUGGGAUUUACGGGAGGCUGAAGGUGUUAGUGAUGUAGAUUUAAGUAAUCUCCAACAAUUUCAAAAUGUAAAGCAUGAGUUGACCAGUGUUAAUGAUAAAUUGUUGCUUAGGGGAUCUUUGAUUGUAGUCCCUAAUGCCCUACAAGGUAAAAUGGUAGAUCUUGCACAUGAGGGUCACCAAGGGGAGGCCAAGACAAAGAAACUUCUCAGGUCAAAGGUGUGGUUCCCUAAGCUUGACAAGCUUUGUGAGGUGGUAGUUAAGGAGUGUAUUCUAUGCCAGGCAGCAACACCUCAGACAGUGCGUGCACCCCUCAAAAUGACUGAUCUCCCGAAUGGUCCCUGGGAAAACUUAAGCAUUGAUUUCGGUCAUGUAGGUAAUGAUUAUGUUAUGGUAAUUAUUGACGACUAUUCACGGUACCCGGUUGUAGAGGUGGUCUCGUCCACCUCUGCUGCUGCUAUCAUCCCUAACCUAGAUAAAGUGUUCGGCAUGUUUGGUAUUCCUAAAGUGGUAAAGACGGAUAACGGUCCACCCUUUAACAGUGACAACUUUGCUAAAUUUGCAAAACAUCUCGGAUUUAAACACAGAAAGGUUACCCCACUCUGGCCCGAGGCUAACGGGGAGGUAGAGAGGUUCAUGCGUACUUUCCGGAAAGUCCUGCUCACCUCCAAUCAUUGGAAACAGGACAUGGUUGCAUUUCUCCGCAAUUACAGGGCAACCCCUCAUUCCACAACUGGCUAUGCUCCUGCAACUAUACUGCUGGGCAGGGACAUUAAUGUUAAAAUCCCUUCUUUUUCCAAGGGGGGGAGAAAUGAUGACCUGUUAAGGAAGAAUGACCAAAAGAACAAAAUUAACAUUAAGUUAAAUGCAGAGAAAAAGAGAAAAAUCAAGGAGAAUAAAAUCAAAGCAGGGGACAUAGUUUUAGUUAAGCAGAUUAGAGCUAGCAAGUUUACUUCACCCUUUAAUAAAACGCCAUUGGUGAUAAUUGGGAAGAAUCAUGACAUGUUAACUGCUAAGUUUCCCAAUGGAAAAACAAUUACCCGGAACUACUCCCAUUUCAAAAAAAUUGACUUGCCCGCCAGAACUAAAAUCACCAGCCCUAAUGGUAUUGAUGAUGAUGGCAUUAUAGAUCAGGACUAUGAAGUACCUGGUGUGGUUCCCCCACAACCCCGUAGAUCGGGAAGGGUAAGGUUCCGACCACAGCGUCUAAUAGAGCAAAUAUAA